AUGAUAAUAUCAAAAGUGGAUGAUGCAGAAGACGACGAAAACAAAAGUGAAAGUGAUAAGGACCAUUAUGAAACUGAAAAUGAAACAGGCACGAGUUUUACUCAAAUGGAGAGUGAAAACGAAAGCGAUGAUUCUGAAACAAUCGAUAUUUCCGGUCUCGAGGUAGUAGAUCAACAUGGCGAACCGAAGAAAUGGGUACUUGAAAAUUGA